AUGGAUUCGUUGAAUUUGGAUGUGUCGAACGCGGCCGUCAUGAAGGAUGAGCAGGGUCGGCCCUUCAUCGUCGUCAGAGAUCAGGGGAAGAAGAAGCGCCAGUUUGGCAACGAAGCCGUCAAGUCCCACAUCCUCGCCGCCCGCACCGUCGCAAACAUUAUCAAGACCUCUCUUGGUCCUCGUGGACUCGAUAAGAUCCUCAUCUCGCCUGAUGGAGACAUUACCGUGACGAACGAUGGUGCCACCAUUCUACAACAGAUGGAGAUUACCAACCACGUUGCCAAGCUAUUAGUUGAGCUGUCCAAGUCGCAGGAUGAUGAGAUUGGUGACGGUACCACCGGCGUCGUUGUCCUCGCUGGCGCUCUUCUGGAGCAGGCCGCCGACCUGAUCGACAAGGGCAUCCACCCCAUCCGAAUCGCCGACGGUUACGACCAGGCCUGCGAUAUCGCUGUUGCUGAGCUUGACAAGAUCUCGGAUACGAUCGAGUUCUCGCGCGAGGAGACGGCCAACCUUGUCAAGGUUGCACGAACCAGUCUGGGAAGCAAGAUUGUGUCCAAGGCCCACGACCAGUUUGCCAACAUCGCUGUUGACGCUGUCCUUUCCGUUGCCGACCUCGAGCGAAAAGACGUCGACUUCGAGCUGAUCAAGGUGGACGGCAAGGUCGGAGGUGCCCUCGAGGAUACCCUCCUCGUCAAGGGUGUCAUUAUCGACAAGGACUUCUCUCACCCCCAGAUGCCCUCGGAAGUGCACGACGCCAAGAUUGCCAUCCUUACUUGCGCCUUUGAGCCCCCCAAGCCCAAGACCAAGCACCACCUCGACAUCACCAGCGUUGAGGAGUUCAAGAAGCUGCAAAACUACGAGAAGGACAAGUUUAUCGAGAUGAUCCAGCAGAUCAAGGAUACAGGUGCCAACCUGGCAAUUUGCCAGUGGGGCUUUGAUGAUGAGGCCAACCAUCUCCUCCUCCAGAACGAGCUGCCCGCUGUUCGAUGGGUGGGUGGACCUGAGAUUGAGCUGAUUGCCAUUGCCACCAACGGCCGAAUAGUUCCUCGAUUCGAGGAUCUUACCGCGGAGAAGCUGGGCACUGCCGGUGUUGUGCGAGAGAUGUCUUUCGGCACAACACGAGAGAAGAUGCUGGUUAUUGAGGAGUGUGCCAACACCCGUGCCGUGACUGUCUUUGUCCGCGGCAGCAACAAGAUGAUUAUCGAUGAGGCUAAGCGAUCUCUGCACGAUGCCCUCUGCGUGGUGCGAAACCUUGUCCGCGAUAACCGAGUUGUGUACGGUGGUGGUGCUGCCGAGAUUGCCUGCUCUCUGGCUGUCGAGGACGAGGCUGUCAAGACCCCUGGACUUGAGCAGUACGCCAUGCGCGCCUUUUCUGAGGCUCUCGACACCGUCCCCAUGACCCUGGCUGAGAACAGUGGUCUCAACCCUAUCGCUACUCUUGCUGAAGUCAAGAGUCAGCAGGUCAAGGCUGGCGCCGAGGGCCGUGGAAAGCUGGGUGUCGACUGCAUGGGACGAGGCAACAACGACAUGAAGGAUGCGUUUGUCAUUGACCCGUUGAUUGGCAAGAAGCAGCAGCUUCAGCUGGCGACACAAUUAUGUCGCAUGGUGUUGAAGGUCAACAACGUGAUUGUGUCGGGGGGAGAUGACAACGACUUUUAG